AUGGAUACACAAGAUGACAAAGUUACAUUUUUCACAGAUCAGAAUGCUUCACAAAGUCAGCCCGCUGCAGACAUUCGUGAUUACGCCCGGCAGCUAAGUGAGCGCAGGAAACUCGAAGAUCAAAAGCGCAAAGAGGAGCGAUUUCUACGACGCUCUCUUCGUCAUUCAGAAAAGCUUCGAGCCUUAGCCCUGGCCAAGAAAGCCUCGAAGGAUUUUAAGGAGAUCGCUGCAUCACGUAGUAAUGAGUCAAUAGAUUCAGUUAAUGAAACGCCGUUUGCUUUUAGGGCGACAAACUACGCAGAUUUUAUUCGUGAGUUGCGUGAAAAGUUAAGUAAAUAUGAUCUUGAAAAUGGUGAGAACUCAGAUAUUGAUGAUAUUGGUGAUCGCGAAUGGGAGUGGCUAAUAAAUAAAGUUUCUGGAACCUCGGUUCUGCAAGCCUUCCGGCUUCAUGAUACCUUAGCAAUAGCGUUAGAGGAAACUCGUGCCAAAAUGGGCGACCUUCCUAUGAAUCGGUGGGCGGGUGACGCUGUGGCAAUCAAAUCAUUGAAUGAGACAUUAAAUGAACUUAGAUUUAUUCCUCGCAAUGAACGAAGCCCCGCUAUGAAUGAGCUCUUUAGAAUUUUGCACAAACCUCAAUUAGUGGCUACUUUGUCAUCUUUCGAUGACGUUGCUCGAGUGUGGUCAGAAAUGUCGGACGACGUCAGGCCAAUAGAUGAACCUCCAUAUGACGAACUAUCUACAGACGAUACUGUAGAGCGAACUGUUUAUCCCAGUCCAGUUGAGGGCUGCUAUAAAAUUCUAGCUGUCGACGAUCAGGGUCACACUGUGACGACCCCUGAUGGAACAACCCUAGUGAAUGUUAUACUGCAAAAGAGGGAUGAAGAUUUCUUUGGCGCGACGGUUCGUUCCGAAGGUUCUGCAAUUGUGAUUGGUCGAAUUAUCAGUGGUGGUUUAAUUGAACGCACAGGUCUCUUAAAUGAGGGUGAUGAAUUGCUCUCUGUAAACGGAGUCGAUCUAAUGGGCAAGGAUAUUGACAACGUGUCUUAUAUUCUGUCAUCUCUUGGUGGGCAUAUCGAUUUACUGGUCGCUCCAAUUGUGCCAAUAACUGAAGCAUCGCUCUUCCAAGAUGAACCAGUGGUAAUUUAA